CCGCGAGUGGCCUUUCGCCGACCUCGCCGCUUCCCCCUCCUCUGCUUCCUCCGGCCCGCGCCAUCCGGCGGACCGACGAGCUCGCCAUCGAGCUGCUCGCGCCCGUCAACCCCUAGCGCUCGCAGGGAUCCGGGAAGCCUUGGCCGCGUCCCCCACCCCCACCGGGCCUCUGGUAACUUCCACCGAACACAGUGUGAGGCGAGCCACUCUCGUCAGCGGCCACCGCGACUCGGCGCCUCGAAGCCCAGAUCUCUCGCUUUAGAAACCCCAGGGGUGGUCUGCGGUUGGUUCCGGAGGGUCCUCUCCGGCGAUGGAUUUCGUGAAGGUUUUCGAUCAGGCCGUGCGGGAGAUAAAGAGGGAGGUCAAUCUGAAGGUGCUCAAGGUCCCAGAGCUCGAACAGAAGGUGCUUGAUGCAACAAGCGAUGAACCUUGGGGCCCUCAUGGAACUACUCUUUCAGAGCUAUCGCAUGCCACCAAGAAGUUCGCUGAAUGUCAGAUGGUAAUGGGUGUCCUCUGGACUAGGCUGUCUGAGCGAGGCCCGAAAUGGCGUCACGUGUAUAAGGCUCUGACAAUUAUUGAGUACUUAAUAGCCAAUGGUUCUGAGCGGGCAGUUGAUGACAUUCUCGAUCACUACUCAAAGAUCUCGGUUCUUUCAAGUUUUGAGUAUGUGGAACCUAAUGGAAAAGAUGCUGGAAUAAAUGUGAGAAAGAAAGUUGAAACUAUACUGGGAAUCCUAAAUGACAAGGAGAAAAUAAAGUCUGUGAGGGAGAAAGCAGCCAGUAAUCGUGACAAGUAUGUUGGUCUGUCGUCAACAGGAAUAUCAUAUAAAUCAAGUUCUGCUUCAUUUGGUAGCAGCUAUAGUUCUGGUGAACGUUAUGGAAGUUUUAGUGGCACAAGGGAAGCUGAUUCAUAUGGUGACAGUUACAGGGAUAAAGAACCUGUUAAAUCAUCUCCAAGUUAUACCGGUGGCCAGAAAUCUGGCAGCAGGAUAAGAAAGGAUGUGAAUAGAAGGACUGAGGAUUCCCAUUCACCCAGCCCCUUGAAGUCCUCGUCUAAUGCAAAAAGCAAUGUGGAUGACUUCGAUGACUUUGAUCCUCGUGGAUCUUCUUCAAAUGGUGCAGCUAAUGCAAAUACCAGUGGCGUGGAUCUUUUUGCCCCAAACUUAUUGGAUGAUUUCAUUGACGUGCCUGCAGCAGCAACACCUGAAACAAACAACUCUGCAGACUCUCAGGUUGAUCUGUUUGCUGAUGCAGAUUUCCAAUCAGCAGCCCCAAGUACAGAAACAACUGCACGUCCAGAUGUCCAGGGUAAUGUAAACCUUUUUGUGGAACAGCCAGCCUUCACAGCAGCCUUUCCACCGCAGACAGGGUUUAUUCCACCACCAAGUUCGGCGACAUCUGAAGCGAAUACUUCAACGUCUAAGAACACAGUUCCUGCACCUUUUGAUCCUUUUGGUGCUAUUCCUAUAAACAGCUUUGAUGGAUCUGAUCCAUUUGGCGACUUCAACUCCAAUGUUGGAUCAUCUAGUAUACCACCACCCACGCAGGGUUCUGUUGGAAAUAUCAGCACACCAAGUCAGAAACCUCAAGCAGCAUCUGACUUUGGCGGCUUUGUGUCAAGCACUGUAGAAACAACAGCAAAGGACCCAUUCGAUUUUUCAAGUAGCAAUCUUGGGAAAACAGCUUUGGCAAAUCCUCAGGCCGAUGCAUCUGAUUUUGGUGCCUUUGUAUCGCACAGUGAGGAAGCAGCUAAGGAUCCUUUUGAUCUUUCUUCGAGUACCAUCUCUGGAAGGACAAACCAAGCACCUCUGGCUGCUCCCAAGUCAGAUACCAAGAAAGAAAAUUUUCAGGUGAAGUCUGGCAUAUGGGCUGACUCUCUGAGCCGUGGAUUGAUUGAUCUGAACAUAACUGGACCAAAGAAGGUGAACCUAGCAGACGUUGGAAUUGUCGGUGGCCUCGAUGAUGGGUCUGAGGAGAAAGCUAUGCCCUCAUGGACCAUGGGUGCAGCAGGUUCCAGCCUAGGAAUGUCGGGGAUUCCUUCAUCCACACAAAGUGGUGGCGUCGAGAGUUUAGCCAACUACAACAAGUACCAGUUCGGCUUUAAAUGAGCUUUCUUGUGAGGAUUUCUCUAUGCUGCUUACUGUUGGAAUGCCGGCUUGUGCCUUAUUUAUUUUUGUUCGAUUCAAUUUACCCCCUCUUUUGGUGCUUUCAUUCCUUCACAGUCGCCUCCAUCCAAGUAUCGUGAUCUUGGUUUGUCUUGUCGCGCUUGUAUUGUAUUUAUUGGAUGUGCGGAUAAGCGACUCCUAUGUCACACCCUGAUUCAAUUCAACGGUGCUAUUAUUCCGCGAUUAUGUAAA